GAGUGCUUCAACCUCCUAUGUAAAGGGCCUUCGGCCAUGGCUCCGUUCCGAGGUCGGCGGAAGAAGGAGUAUGACGUGGUGGUGCAGGGCCAGUCGGUGGAAAAAGUCGCCCUGGACAUCGUCGCACACCUUGCUGCCAAAGGCUUUUGCACCGUAGACCCCAGACUUGACGACGAGCUUCUGCGGCAAGGGCGGGAGGACAUUGCCGAACUGGAUGCACAAGGGUUUCUCAAGCAGCCCCCUGCCAUGGUUCAUGACGGUUUGCUGGGGGAGGAAGGCUCCUCCAUGAUCGUGGACUUCUUGCAGGACGGGCUCGUGGACUCCAAGGGCAAGGAGUUCCGGCACUUGCAUGCGCUGGACGAGUCCAUGGCGGAGCUGGUGCACAUCCUGCAGCUCUCAGUAAACGAGCUGGGCUGCGGGCCUUUGAGCCGCAUGCACCCCAUUUUGCACGAGACCGGCAUGGCGCCGGAGCACGCCCCAGAGCCCACAGAGCACGAAGCGAGUUAUUGGCUGGGCGCGUUGGCACAGAAGAAGCUGAUGGUGUUGCUCUGCUUGGGCCCCGUACGUGGGACUUUGGAGCUGCAACCCUACGAAGAUGCGGAGGCCUAUGAGGUGCCGACGAUCCCAGGAAGCUUCAUCAUCCUCCGUGCGGAUGCCAUGUGGCACCGGCACUGCGCGCAUUCCAAGGCGCACAUCCUAAGUUGCUUCCUGGUGGGCUAUGAAAGCCGCAAGGCGGGGCCCAGUUUGGCCCCGCCCUGCGCGCGGAGCUUGGAGCAGUGGACGGUGGAAAGGAUGAAGUUCUUGAAGGAGUCCCAAGCGAAGACCCAAGAGCGCUUGGAUCUGCCGGCAGGCUGGGUCACUGCCAUGAACCACAUGUUCCACACGGCCCAGCGGGUGGCCGUGCGGUCCAUGGCGGCUCGCUAUGCGGCCUCCUGGGAUGUGCAGAGCUGGUACCUGUCCCAGGCCGCAGGGCCGGACCUGGUGCAGGAGGUUCCCUUGUCCAGAUGGGACGUGGAGCAGUACUAUGACGCGCACGAGGAGAGCUGGCGCGUUGCCAAGUCCUUUGCGCGGCACGGCUCCUUUGUGGAGGGCACGGAGUACUUCGACAACAAGUUCUUCGGCCUCUCAGUGCUCGAGGCGAAGGGCAUGGAUCCCCACCAGAGGGUGGUGCUGGAAGUGGGCUACGAGGCUUGCCACCAUGCCGGGUAUACCAAGGGCAAGCUGAUGAACAAGAUCGGUGGCGUGUACUUGGGAAGCACCUCGACCAUCUUCGGCAUGGUCUCGGAGGUGAGCGGCGCCACGGGCGGUGCCGCCAGUAUCAACUCGAAUCGCUUCAGCUUCUGCUUGGGCCUCAAGGGCCCCAGCAUGACCUGCGACACGGACGGCUCCUCCUCCCUGACGGCGGUGCAUUUGGGCGGGGAGGCGGUCCUCACCAAGGGCCACGGCGUGAGCAACGAGUUUUCCCUGGCCGGGGGCGUCAACUUCCAACUCGGCCCCGUCUUCCUGCCGCAGAUGCAGGCCGCCGGCCUUCUGGGAGGCCUGGGCAGGUGCUUCACCUGGGAUGUGAGUGCCCAAGGCUAUACGAUGGGCGAUGGUUGCGGCUUCAUCGUGCAGAAGCGAAUGUCCGAGUGGGUGGAUGGACAGCAGGUGCUCAUUGAGGGCGAGCCACUGGUUGCCAGCAUUUGCGGGAGCUCCUGUGCCACCAUCGGUAUGGGAGCGUCCAUGCACGCGCCGCACGGGCCGUCUGAGCAAGAACUGGUGGCACAGACCCUGAAAACCGCCAUGCUAGACCCGCUGAACAUUGACGCCAUCGAGUGCAACGGGCAGGGCGCGCUGUUGCGCGAUGCAGUCGAAGCCGAUUCCGUGCUGCGGGUGCUGCGGGGGGAUUUUGUGGAGGCUCCGCUGCCGCUCACCGCAGUGAAGAGUCGCAUGGGCUACGCCAUGGAAUGCGCGGGUAUCGCCUCGCUGCAUCGGCUCAUUCUCUCGGCCAUCUGCGGAUUUUUGUCGCCCAACAACCACCUGAACCAGCUGAACCCGCACUUGGAGUUCGACAGCAAGGCGGCCAUGCUGACAGAGCCGAUCGAGACGGCCAUGCGCAGCACCUACAUGGGCGUCACCGCCCAUGGAUUCGGGGGCACGCAGGUGCAUGUCAUCUCAUAUGGCCACCUGGACGCCAGCAGGACUCCACCCGCCCCAACGGAGCGGAAGCAGACCUACUUCAACUUCUGGCCGGGCGGCGGGGGCGAGCUGGAGGAGGAGCAGCAGCCGGUGAGGGGCUACUUCAUUGCGGGGACUUGGACGAAAUGGCGAGCUAUCAAGAUGGAGAGCGAAGGCGGGGAUAACUUCGGGUACACGCUGACCCUGGGCGAGAACCGCUGGGAGGAGUUCCAAAUCUUCUUGGACGGCGAUGAGAAGAGGAGACUCCACCCUUCCCGGCCUCAAUCCGCGAAGGGUGUUCCAGUGCACGGCCCUGAUGCAAAGGCCCGCGGCUUGAAUUGGCGGAUUGAAGGACGAGGGCGAUGGAUGGGGGUGCCAACGGACGCGGCGGAGGCCUUGUGCCUCACCGACAAGGAGAAGACCGCCAAAGCCAUAGAGGCAAUCAGCUUACGCCUGGGCGAGAAGGAAGCUUCGCUGGAUGGAGAGCGGCUGAUGGAGUUCGGCAGCGGAGAUAUCGGCCAGCCUGGGGACAAAUAUCGCAUUCGCUUGCGCAUAGCGGGCAAGUACAGAACGGUCCUUUGGGAGAAGCUGCCGUCGGAAGACCAUGACACCUCCUUCGAUGCUCCGGCAGGUGAUUACUCCAUCGUGGCCAGUUGGAACUCUUGGUCUCCGGAUCCUAUGUCCCUUCGCAACGACACCUGGUCAAUAGAGGUGGAGCUCCCGGCAGAUGGCGGCGAGUUUCAAAUCUUGAGGAAUGAGGACUGGUGCCAAGUUAUCGCGCCCCAGCAGCGGGCCGCGCCUGCACGGGAGCUUGGGCAGGGCCCAGAACACUGCAACAAAUGCCGUGGAUGCACCUGGUCACUACAGGGCAAAGCCGGGGACGUCUUCCGCAUCACGUUCAAGCGUGAUCUGACAAAAGCGCCCUCAGGCAAGCUGGAAGAUGUGAAGAAAGUCUCUUGGGAGAAGGUGCGGGAGGCUUCUGCUCAGACCUUGGCUUUGCGAAGCACUUCCUUCGGAGUCAUUGGCUCUUGGAACGACUUCGGGCGUGUUCACCCGAUGCACAAGGACUCCGCCAAGGAUGGUGAAGCUGUGUACAGCUUCUUCCUGGAACUGGGGCGGGAGGGUGUUGAAGGCUUCCAGCUGGUCAAGGACUUUGACUUGAACCGAGUCCACCAUCCAGACCGGCCAAUCACCACCCCAGGCGGCGCCCGCAAAGUGGUGGUGUCCUCCAUGGGCACCGUGGGCACCCAGGAUUUGGUGUGGGCAGUCGGCCUGGACAGGCCAAGCACACCAGGAGAUGUGUACAAGGUUGAGAUCAUAAUCCUAGGCGACGUGGUUACCAGCCUCUCCUGGCGCCCAGUGGAUGGCAACGAGGUACCCAAAGGUCGUGAGGUGUGUGGCCCUUGAGCCGGAGCCAGCUGGCUUCAAGCUGAUAGAAAGGGGUAGAGCAGGUCUCACCAUAGUGAUUAGAAGGGCCCGUGGUUUGAACGCGUUGAUUAUUUGCAGCAUGCUGAACCGGAGGAAUCGAGAACUUGUGAAAAGAGUGAGCUGUGUGGUGCAUGAGCGACGCGAGGCAGAUUGUGAAGGACUACAUCUGAUCAAUUCAUGUGACCCAUUAUUUUUGCUAG